AUGGCCGGCCUCUUCGGUGGGGGGAGCGAUAAAUUCAGUUAUGAAGUAAAGCCUGGAAUCGAGGGGCAGGAAGGAGGGACUCGACGAGGCAAUGUUGCUCGCGACAAUGGCGGAGAACUGGUGACGUCCAUUUCUCCCAAUGUCAAGACAAUUGUCGAUGUAUUGGACUAUGCUACAAACAAGUACGGCGACCAAGAGUCCCUUGGCCAACGAAAUGUCAUCAGAGUCAUCUCGGAAUCAAAGGAAAUCACGAAAGUCGUUGGAGGACAAGAGGUCAAGGAAAUGAAGGAGUGGAAGUAUAUGGAAUUGUCUGGUUAUGAAUGGAUGUCUUACAAGGAUGUCAAGUCUUAUACUGUUGCGGUCGGCUGUGGUUUACGAAAACUAGGCUUCAAGGCAAAGGACAAACUCACUCUAUUCGCUGAUACGAGUCGUGACUGGAUUCUCAUGGCUCACGGUUCGCUUCGUCAAAACCUCACAAUCACAACUGCCUACGCCACUCUUGGAGAAGAGGGUCUCACCCACUCUAUGAACGAAUGUGAAGUCCCCGUCCUCUUUACAAACGCCGAACUAUUACCCAUCGUACUUAAAGUCAUUCCUCGUGUCCCAACUCUGACCACCAUGAUUUACAAUGGUGAACCAACUCCUGAAAUGUUGAAAAAGGUCCACGAUGUCAUGCCUUCCCUCAAAAUCAUUUCCCUGACUGAAUUGUAUGAACUGGGUAAAGCGAAUCCAGUAGAACCCGUCAAUCCUACUGAAGACGAUAUUGCCUGUAUCAUGUACACGUCUGGUUCUACAGGUCCACCAAAGGGGGUUAUUAUUCUGCACCGUAAUGUUGUUGCUACCGUUGGUGCCGCUGCCAAAAUAUUAGAUGUUGUACUGUCUGGACGAGACUACUAUCUUGCCUAUCUCCCCCUCGCUCAUAUUCUUGAAUUCGCUGUCGAGCAUACUGCCAUGGCUGUUGGUUGCUCUUUAGGUUAUGGAUCUCCUAGAACAUUGACUGAUGCAUCUGUACGAAACUGUAAAGGUGAUAUUCGCGAACUAAGGCCGACAUUGAUGGCUGGUGUUCCAGCUGUUUGGGAAACUAUUCGAAAGGGAAUCCUAGCUCGAGUCAAAGAAGGCAGCCCUACCGUACAGAAAAUUUUCCAUUGGGCGUAUAAAAUGAAAUGGUCUCUGAUUCAAGCUGGUUUGCCUACCGGUUUGUUGGAUGCUAUAGUAUUCAACAAGAUCAAAGAUGGAACUGGUGGACGUCUCAAGUUUGCUCUAUCUGGCGGUGCUCCCAUACCACGAGAAACUCAGGAAUUCUUGAGUGUAUGUUUGUGUCAAAUUGUCGGUGGUUAUGGUAUGACUGAAUCUACUGGUGUGAUAUCAGUCCAACAACCAGGUCGAUCUACAUAUGGUGUUCUUCAACGAGUAGGUCCACCAGCCGGACAUUGUGAAAUCAAGUUGGUGGACGUCCCCGAUGCUGGUUAUCGGUCCACUGAUAAACCACAUCCUCGUGGUGAGAUUUGGGUUCGCGGAGGACAGAUUAUGACUGGAUACUAUAAGCAGCCUCAACAAACCGCCGAAACAAUGAGUGGUGAUUGGCUCAUGACUGGCGAUAUUGGUGAAUGGCAAGCCGAUGGUAGUUUAGCCAUCAUCGACCGAAAGAAGAACUUGGUCAAACUCUCGAAUGGUGAAUACAUUGCCCUAGAAAAGCUCGAAUCCAUCUACCGUACUUCAGGAUAUGCCCACAAUCUCUGUCUCCAUGCCGAUCCCGAAAAGUCCUUCCCUAUCGCUAUCAUCGUGCCUGUAGAAAAACCACUGCGAGAUCACGCUACUGCCAAUAAUCUCUUCCCUGGCAAGGAGCCUUCCCUGGAAGACUUGGUUGAACACCCUGCUAUUAAGAAACUCGUGUUUCAAGAUCUGGUUGAUAGAGGUAAAAAGGCUGGUCUUAAGGGGUCUGAGCUAGUGGGUGCUUCAACUAUUGUAGCUGAUGAAUGGACUGCUGAGAAUGGUUUGCUGACCGCUGCACAAAAGCUCAAGAGGAAGGACAUUGUUCGCAAAUAUAAAGAUGAAAUCAAGACCAUGUAUGGAUUGUAG